UUUAGUCACCAGUUUACAUGUUUUCUUAUAAUGAAAAUCUAGAUAUUAACGCAUUGAGUGCUUUGUGAUAGGUGAGGCGAGGCAAUUUAUUUAUAUAGCACAUUUCAGUAACGAGACAAUUCAAAGUGCUGAAUAUUAGCACAUUAGGAAAAUAUGAUGUGGUGGAAAUUUUCCACGUUGUACUAUCUUGAGCAUUUUGAUCCCUCUUCUUUUUUUUUCAAGCUUAUAGUCUUACACCCGGUUCUUGUCACAGAACCGGCUACAGGAGCUCUGGACCCUGUUUGUAGACAUUGACCUGAUCAAGACUAUGUGAGCCAGAGUGCUUUAGGUUAAACAGGACGAGCAAAACUUCCCAAUAGCUCAGUGACAUGUGAUUAUCUUAACAUCAACAAGACUACACCAAAAAGCAGAUGUCAGUAGUCAGUCCCUAGUUUACGCUGUUAAACCACAACACGCUGACUGUGAGGAACCACAAUAGCAUAAUGUGCAAGCUGAGCACUUUCAGUCACGAUAAAGAGACUCCAGAUCUGUCAAUCCCUGUCCUUUGUGUCCCGGUUACCUUCUCAUCACCAAGGGUUUAAUUACUACUGAGGCAACCGAAGAGACGCCUCAUGAGGGACCAGACGGAGGAGAGGAGAGGAGAGCAAUCGGGUGCGGCAGAACACAAACCAGGAGGCUCAGACUCGUAGCGUCGGAACAUCAAAGCGCUGGCUUGAAGUUGCAGAGCCGAGAUCUGUCCCGGCAUGAUGAGAUUUGCAGAUAGGCGUGUGUGAGUAAAAGCACCGAUGUUGGAGAGAGGAAUCAAAGGGAUCUCUGAUCAAAAAAACACUCUGCUGCAGAUUCCCCCAGUUUUCGCAAAGGCUUCGUCCGCGACUUCUCCCAGAGUUCAGCUCCGUGCGGCCGUCCUCCAGGCAUGCCGGGGGACGUCGUCGCGGGGUCCCAGCAGGGGGAGCCGGCUGGUGCAGCGGCCUGCCCCGGCCCCGGGGAGGCCGUGGAUCUGGAGUGUCCCGUCUGCUACCAGGAGUACAACCAGUACAACAAAAGCCCCCGCAUGUUGGAGUGCCUCCACGUUUUCUGCACGGAGUGCCUGCAGAGGAUCCAGCUCAGCCCCUGCGACCCCGCCGACCCCCGCCACGGCCCGCAGGCCAUCCCCUGCCCCCUGUGCCGCCACUUAACCCCUCUUCACGCCGGCAACGCCCUCGCCCUGCCCUGCAACUCCCAGAUCAUGUCCAGGCUGUCCCACGUGGCCUUCCGCAUGCCCGCGACGGUGGCCACCCGCGUGGCCACGGUCACGCAGCGAGUGGUGCUCUCGCUGGACGGCGGGGCCACCAGCUCCAGCUCCAGCAGCAGGGACAGCCGCUUCAUCAUCCUGCCCACCGUCAGCCUGCAGGUGCAGCAGAUGCACCCGGGCAGGCCGUACGGCGCCGCUCCCGGGCUGAUGGGCGAGCAGGGGGUCAUCCAGCAGAGCAGGAGGACCCUGCUGUGCGUGCAGCUGCUGGCGGUCGUCUUUUGGGUGCUGUUUGUGAUCACCUGCGUGGUCGGCGUGGUGUUCGGGCCGCAUUUCUUCAACAGGAAGUUUUAGCUGGUG